UUGAAGAAACCAAUGCUACUGAUGAUGAUUAUUCAACACUGAUUAUUAAAGUGGACGAUGAUGAAGACGAUGAAUCCAAAAAUAAGUCGAAGGAAAAUACCAUCCAGCAACUUGCUAAACUAAAAGAAAAUGAGGCUGUAGACCUUAAGAAAUUGAAAAUCCUAAAUAAAGCCUUACUACAAGUUUUAAAGAAUAAAAUUGGGGAUUGCAUAGACAACAAGAAAAGGAUAGCCGAUCAACAAGUGUUAAUUAAUUAUCUUGAAGAACAGAUAAAAAUAGUCAAAUCAUCUAAUUCUAAUAAAGAAAAAAUAAAUGUAAACCUCAUUGAGAUAAUUCGAAAAAUUAAAAAAGAACAAUC